AUGUUCUUUCUACUAAUAGGACCUAUCCAGUGCUUGGCAGCUGUGCUCCUCCUGCUGCUUGAUCUCUGUGCAGGAGAAAGGAUGGUGUCCAUUCAGAAAGGAGUUCUAUAUCGAGCAAGAGGCUACCACAUCACCAUCUGGUGUAAUGUCAGUGGUUACCAAGGACCAAUGGAGCAGAAUUUCGAAUGGUCCAUUCAUCGGCCAUCGGACCCAAAUAGAAAGCUGCAAAUCAUCAGCACGGAUGAUGCCUCCUUUCCUUAUGCUGUCUACUCUCAGCGUGUUGGAAGUAGGGAAAUCUACGUAGAAAGGAUCCGAGGAGAUUCUGUUCUGCUGCACAUCACUGAGCUCAAAGACGUGGAUGCUGGCGAGUAUGAGUGUUACACACCCAGCACAGAUGCUGGUUACCUUGGGACUUAUGGUGCCAAAACAAACCUUUUUGUAAUUCCAGACCUGCUCGCUGCCACCAUGAGGCCACAGGCUCUCAUCCGAGAUCAAGGGGAUUCAUUAGAACUCAUUUGCGAAGUGUCAACAGCUACAGUCCAACACACCCACCUCUCGGUUGGCUGGUACCUUCUUCCAGAAGGAGGCAAUGGACAAGCCCAGAGGAUCAUUUCCCUGUCCAGAGAUUUUGUCUUACUACCAGGGUCCUCUUACAAUCAGAGGUUUUCCUCAGGAGAUAUCAGGCUAGACAAAAUUGGGGGCAGAGAAUAUAAGCUCUCCAUUGUUAGCAUACAACCCACAGACCAGGGGGAAGUUUACUGUGAGGCAGUGGAGUGGAUUCAAGAUCCCAAUGAAACUUGGAAAGAUAUUGCCCGGAAACAGACAGACAAAACAUCGCUGACCAUCAGAAGCCUGGAUUUAUCCAUCUAUAUAACCCGUUGCAUUUUGUUCACAGAAAGCCACUUGCAACUGUUUGUGUGGGUCAAUAAGAAACAAAUAAUGGAAGGAGAAACUUUGGUUUUCAACUGUAAUGUGAGUAUAGCUGCAAAUUCGCUAUCUGUGAACUGGUGGCAUAUCCAGAGGGACAGAGAUCCUCCACUGCUCAUUGCCAGCAUGGAACAAAAUGGCAGACUAAAGAUAGGUGCUUCUUACUUGGAGCGCAGUGCUCAUGGUGAGCUCAGGUUAGAGAAGAGGGACCCUUCCACAUUUACGUUGACCAUCUACAACACUUUCGCCACAAAGGAUACAGGGCUGUAUCGCUGCGAAAUGACAGAGUGGUCUGAGAGCAGGAGCUGGAAACACACACAGGAAAUCUCAACAAGAGUUGAACCACUGGGGCAGAAUUUGAAAGCUAUACUGAGUAGCAGAGUUCCAAAUGUAAAACUGCAGGAAGACCUUGUACUGUUCUGCAAGGUGGCUGGUAAUGAUGACAUCAUCAACAAUGUGCCAGUCUCCAUCACCUGGCUAUUCCAGCCUCACUUGAAGCUGAGUGGCUAUCAGCAAGUGGUCAAAGCCACCGCAAGAGGCACCAUCGAAUGGGGAUUGGCGUUUAUGCAAUUUGAGAAGAAAACCAAGAUUACAAAAUCCUCUUCUUUAUCCCAACUCCUUAUCCACAGUGUCACAUGGCAAGAGACAGGGAUGUAUAAGUGUGAAGUUGAAAUCUGGAGAAACUCACAGGAUGCCAGAAACUUGUCUGCAAUAGCAGCUUCUGUGCUAUCCUCUAAUCCUGUUGAGAUCAAGGUCACCCAACCAGAAAGCAAUCUCAGAAUCAACAUGGAUGUAAAGUCUUUGGAAAUCACCAGCAAUGAAGAUGUAAGAAUUGAUUGCAGAAUCAGGUCGUUGACCAAUGAGAAUUCUUGGUUAGGAGUCACCUGGUAUUUUCUCCCAUUUUCUGCCACAAAUGCAGUUCCACUGCUGAUUAUAAGAACGAAUUACACUAACAUAUUGGAAUAUGGGGAAGCGUUCAGUUCUCUGCAUCAGAAAUCCAGAUUUCAUAACAUGAAGGUCUCCAACCACCUGUACCAGCUGCUUAUUCUGUCAGGGGGUUAUGAUGCCCAUGGCGAAUAUUACUGCGUAGUAGAUGAAUGGAUCUGGUUGACAGAUGGGGGCUGGUACAAACUUGGAACGAUGGAAUCUGGAAAAACCACGGUAUAUUUCAAGUUUUCAGAAAAUAAGCCCCUUGUUGAACGAACGAACUACAGCAUCACUGUCACCGAAAAUGAGGAUGUGACCUUGAACUGUACCCUACAGAGGCCAUUACAGCCCACCUCCCACUUCUCCAUCAGUUGGUUCAGAGUGUCAGAACAGUCCAAUACGGAAACCCUGGUGAAUAUGAAAGGCAAUGGCAUCAUUGAUUACGGCAAUGGCACAAUGGCAAGGAGGCUGCACCCCCACUGCCCUUCUGUGGGUGAUUUUCUUCUGAUCCUGCAGAAUGUGGAGAAGGAUGAUGCUGGGCUGUUCUACUGCCGGGUGGAAGAAUUCAAGGCUGUCAACUGCAGUGCUGCAGGAGCAAAACAUGAAUGGGGUGAAUCAGGAUUCAGCAAGCUAGUUGUACUCCCUUCAGGGAGGAGCAGACCUGAGCUGAAGGCGAGCGAGCGAACUAGCGACACUGAGCGCGAGCAGCUGCUGAACGGGGCCAUCCCACCUCGGGUUGCUGAUCUGCCCCAUCCUUACAGUUCAGCAAGCAGAAGAGACGAAGCCCCUCCCGAACUGUCGAUGCAGUCCGUGCAAGAGGACGAUCUCAGCCUUGCUUUCCCUUUCGUCCAGGAAAACUAG